UGGGUUGGGCGAGUCUUUCGAUAACGCUUACACACUUUUUGUCUGCCAAUUAGGAUAGCUAUAGUAUAGUAUAGUAUGGGCUUACUGUACAGUUUCAAGUAACUUUUGUGUGUGUAUAGGGACAGAGCAACUACGCAACAGAUCUAUAAGAGACGUUAACCUACUGUAAAUUCUGUCAAUCAACUCAAAACUGCCUACCUAGUACCUGUACUGCAAUCACACAUUAUUGUAUAAUACUUGGAAGUCAGAGUCACACAAAGUGAACAUACCUUCUAAGACCGUACGCAGACAACCAGCAUCAGCCUUUGGCUAUCAAUUGGACCACUUGCUCAUUCCUGGUAAAGAAAUCAGGAAUAUGGACCCACGAAGAGUUUCCCGACCCAGUACCAACAGUAGAACCAGUGGGAUGAGAACGUCUACCUCUUCCACAGGGCAUGCAGGGGUGCUAAUGGUUGGCCCAAACUUUCGAGUAGGGAAGAAGAUUGGGUGUGGAAACUUUGGAGAACUGAGAUUAGGAAAGAAUUUGUACAACAAUGAGCAUGUAGCUAUCAAGUUGGAACCCAUGAAAACAAGAGCACCUCAACUUCAUUUGGAGUAUAGGUUUUAUAGAGCACUAGGCAACUCAGGUGGCAUUCCACAGGUGUACUACUUUGGCCCUUGUGGCAAGUACAAUGCCAUGGUGCUGGAGCUCCUAGGACCCAGUCUGGAAGACCUGUUUGACCUCUGUGACAGAUCGUUCUCACUCAAAACCGUACUAAUGAUAGCUAUUCAGUUGAUAAAUAGGGUUGAGUACGUCCACACCAAACACUUAAUAUACCGGGACAUCAAACCUGAGAACUUCCUCUUGGGUCGAUACAAUGGAAAGAAUGAGAAGAUAGUGCACAUAAUCGAUUUUGGACUUGCCAAGGAGUUUAUUGACCCCGAGUCUGGUCGACAUAUUCAGUACAGAGAGCACAAGAGCUUGACGGGCACUGCAAGAUAUAUGAGCAUCAACACUCACUUGGGGAAAGAGCAAAGUCGCAGAGACGACCUGGAGGCCUUGGGACACAUGUUUAUGUAUUUCCUACGGGGGAGCUUACCGUGGCAGGGACUGAAGGCUGACACACUCAAAGAGCGGUAUCAGAAGAUUGGUGACACCAAAAGAUCAACACCAAUCGAAGUACUUUGUGAAAACUUUCCAGAGGAGCUGGCAAUGUACUUGCGGUAUGUGAGGAGAUUAGAUUUUUUCGAGAAACCAGACUACAUCUAUCUCAAGAAGCUCUUUCAAGACCUCUUUGACAGAAAGGGCUAUGUAGAGGAUGGUGUGUUUGACUGGACAGGCAAAGAACAGAAUGCUCCAAUCUCACAAUUGACCUCUGAGAGUGCUACACAUGCAGUCAGAGACGUGCAUAGACCAAAGACAAGCACAAUGGACAGCACUCAAGCAAACGCUCGCAGUCAUAUGGACAGCAGUCGAGCGAAUCAGUUCUCGUCAAUGGAUAGACUGGGUCCCUCUACUCCCAACAAUGGAGAGUCACCCAAUGAUGUGUCAAGAGUUAGAGACAUUCCCCAACAAAGAGUAGUACCCACACAAAGCCCCGAAGUAGUUGAAGAGACAAGGUGCUGUUGUUUCCGUAGACGGAGGACAAGUAAAGCUCCAGCUGCCACGACAUGACCCCCACCGCAGCCAGAGCUAUUCUAAACUAGUCUUUACAACUCUAUAUCAUAAGUUUAUGUUGUAUGUACGGCUAAUGAUACCGUGAAAAUCAUUUUUUGCAAGUUUUAGAUAUAAUGACUGCACCUAAAAAAUGUAUUGAAAUCCGUGCAUAUUGUGUUUUCUUUUGUGUGCAUAAUUCUAUUCUUACUAUAAUGUUAGUGUGUCAUAACAUUGUACAGUCAUGUAUGUUCGUGUAGUACGUGUAGUCUAUUAUUAACAUUGUCGGCACAUAAA